CCUUAUAGUAGAUCAUCACUGGAAUAUUGUAUAAUUUUCAGAGUUCACAAUUCACGGUUCUCCAAUGUCAUUCAAGCAACCCAACCUCCUGUUUACAGACAAAUGGGAUGGGAAAACCUGACCAGUGUCUCCGAGUUUUUCCUCCUGGGGCUCUCUGAGCAGCCAGAGCAGCAGGAAGUUCUCUUUGGGCUGUUCUUCUCCAUGUACCUGGUCACAGUAGCAGGCAACCUCCUCAUAAUCCUGGCCAUCAUAGCUGAUGCUCAACUUCACACCCCCAUGUACUUCUUCCUGGCCAACCUUUCCCUUGCAGACGCCUGCUUUGUGUCCACCACAGUCCCCAAGAUGCUGGCAAACAUAUGGAUCCAGAAUCAGGUCAUCUCCUAUGCAGGGUGUCUGUCACAACUGUAUUUUUUCAUGCUGUUUGUGAUGCUGGAGGCAUUUCUCUUGGCCGUCAUGGCCUAUGACCGCUAUGUGGCUAUAUGCCAACCACUCCAUUACAUCAUGGUGAUGAGUCCUGGGCUCUGUGUUCUCCUAGUGUCUGCAUCCUGGAUUACGAAUGCUCUGCACUCCCUCAUACACACCCUCCUGAUGAACAACCUGAACUUCUGUGCAGAUCAUGAAAUCCCACACUUCUUCUGUGACAUCAACCCCCUUCUGAGUCUGUCCUGCACAGACCCCUUCAUCAACGAGCUCGUGAUUUUCACUGUCGGGGGCCUUGCAGGCCUGGUUUGUGUGCUUUCCCUGAUUAUCUCUUACACUUACAUAUUCUCCACCAUCCUCAAGAUCCCCUCCACUCAGGGGAAGCGGAAGGCCUUUUCCACCUGCAGCUCACACCUCUCCGUAGUGUCUCUAUUCUUUGGGACUUCCUUCUGUGUUUAUUUCAGUCCCCCUUCAACCCGCUCAGCCUGGAAAGGCACAGUUGCAUCAGUAAUGUACACAGUGGUAACCCCAAUGCUGAAUCCCUUUAUCUACAGUCUAAGAAACAGAGACAUUAAGUAUUCUUUGAGGAAGCUCAUUUGGGAUAGGAAAAUCCAUUCUCCUUAG